AAGAACGGCGCACAGGCUCCUCUGCUCUCUAGUUGCAGCCGAGGAGCAAUGGUGCUCGGAGCGUCCAGAGGCGUCGGUGUUUCGGAAAUCUCGGAGGAGCAGAUGAAAUGCCGGGGAACAUGAGCAAAGAGGAUGCCCCGAGCCGGAGCGCUUCUUUGACGUUCACCAUUGACAACAUCCUCAACCUAAAACAGCGGGACAGCGGAAACUUUGACGGUUCAAAGCAGCAGAGGGACAGUGGAUGUAAAAAUGACUUUCAAGCGAGGAUUGAUGAGGUGUGGGACGUCCGGAGGAGACAUGACAGCGGAUCAGAGGAAACAGCACAAAACAAGCCAAGAGUCCAAAACGCACCGCCGCUGACCGUCGGCUCCUGUCCCGGGGCGCAGAGUGCGCACAGCGGCGAGAACGACGCGUCCAAGCAGCAACAGCAGCAGCAGGAGCAGCAGCAGCAGGCCACAGCGGACACCAAAGCCAUGGUCAAGAAGAAGACGCGCACAAUCUUCUCCAAGAGACAGAUAUUUCAGCUGGAGGCGACGUUUGACAUGAAGAGGUAUCUGAGCAGCUCGGAGAGAGCGUGUCUCGCCAGCUCUCUGCAGCUCACCGAGACUCAGGUGAAAAUCUGGUUUCAGAACCGCCGCAACAAGCUGAAGAGACAGUUAUCCACGGACCUGGAGGGGCCGCUGGCCGCAGAGCACCUCUCAGACGCAGGGAAAAAUGUGCAAUUACCGACUUUUUACAAAGACAGCAGCCUGCUGGGUGGAUGUUUGUUACCCAUGCCUUUCCCUGUGGUGUACCCGACUGCAAACGCUGCGCCUUACAUCUACUUCUCCAACACUGGCAAAUAUUUUGGCCUGUUUGAUGCAGACUGAUGAUUUCCUGUUUAGGAUAAGGACGACAGUGCGUGGACAGUUGGACAUACAGUAACUCAUUGGUCUGUGUUUUUUUUUUUUGGUUGUUGUUUUUUCUUAAAUUCACAAAAAUUCUCUCAACUUUGAUGUCAACAUAUCAACAAAGACAUGCAUGUGCCACUUUUUGUCCUUCCCAUAUAUUAUUAUUAUUAUUAUUAUUGUUAUUAUUAUUAUC